CUUUUCCUUUCUCCUCCACCCAGAUGCACACAACCAACUGAUUUUUCAAAUCACACCAUUUCCCUUCUCAGUGCCUCUAGGAAGAAGCACUGAGAAUUAGAAAGAAAAGAGAGGGGAGAGAGAGUUACAUCACAAAAAACACCAUUCAUGGCUUGUGCAGCAACAAGACCCACCUUCUCUUUUCACCUCCCCACCACUUUCUCCCAAUCCUCACAUCCAAAACCCAAAACCCAAUUCCUUCCAAAGAUCCCUAGGAUAUCAUUGUCACUUACUCACAAGCCCUCCCACAAAUUGACCAUUACAAACUCCAUUGAUGUCUCCAAAGAAGAUAAACCAACUUCAGACCAGCCCAAUCCACCCCCUAUAGACUCCACAGACUUAGAACAAGCCGAACCAAAGAUCGAUAAGCGCAGGCUUGAGGAGAAAUUCGCAGUGUUGAAUACUGGGAUAUAUGAAUGCAGGUCUUGUGGGUACAAGUAUGAUGAGGCUGUGGGUGACCCAUCAUACCCAUUACCACCAGGAAUGCAAUUUGAGAAGCUUCCAGAGGAUUGGAGGUGCCCAACAUGCGGAGCAGCACAGAGCUUCUUUGUGAGUAAGAGUGUGGAAAUUGCUGGGUUUGCUGAGAACCAGCAAUUUGGGCUUGGUGGGAAUUCACUCACUUCUGGGCAGAAGGCUCUGCUCAUAUUUGGGAGCUUGUUCCUUUUCUUUGCUCUUUUCUUGUCUGGAUAUUUUCUGCAAUAAUCAAUGUGAGGUAUGGGGGUAUUUACUUUUUUACUAUGUGAAAUAAUAUAAUUCAAAGUGAGCUGAGUAAUUAGAGAUAUAGUUUAUUUUUUGUUUGUGAGGUUGGUGUAUUGGAUUGUGGCAUAUAGUCAAAUACUCAUAUCAAGGAAUUAGGUUCCAUGAACUAUUUUGAUAUCAUCCAAUUUGCUUAGGGAACCUCUUUCAAUUUGUACAUUUUGGUGGGAACAUAUUGUUCUCAAGUUUGAUGAAAUAAAACUCGGAACAAUCGAUUUCCCAGAGA